UUCAUACGCGCUCUUCUGCUCACGCGCCUCCUCACAUGUAACUACUGUCAUCAAUGGCAACGGCGCUCGCGCAGAAGGGACUAAUUAUUUUCCAUUCGGAGGAUAAUUAAAGCGAGUGAUUAGAGUAACGACGGGGGCGGUAAAGGGAAAGUCACCCAUUUCUGGCUCUUUGUCCAAUGACAAUGUUUCAGACUGUCCCUGACACUUCAUCAUAUGUCAAGGAGGCGCUAUCAGUGGUGAGUGAAGACCAGUCUCUGUUUGAGCCUCCCUACGCUUCUGCUGCCCCUCUACCCAAAACAGACAUGACAGCAUCUAGCACACAGGACUACGGACAGCAGCACAAGAUCAAUCCCAUCCCGCCUCAGCAGGAGUGGAUCAAUCAGCCGGCCCGCAUUAACGUAAAACGCGAAUACGACCACCUCAACGGAACCAGAGAAUCCCCUGUGGACUGCAGUGUGGGGAAAUGCAAUAAGCUUGUAAGCAGCUCAGACACAUCGCAGAUGGGUUACGGAGGCUACAUGGAUGAGAAGAGUGCCCCGCCCCCUAACAUGACCACCAAUGAGAGGAGAGUCAUUGUUCCAGCAGAUCCUUCUCUGUGGUCCCCGGAUCAUGUACGGCAGUGGCUAGACUGGGCUGUAAAAGAGUAUGGCCUCCUAGAAAUCGACACAGCCAUGUUCCAAAACACGGAUGGCAAGGAACUGUGUAAGAUGAGCAAAGAGGAUUUCCUGAGACUCACCACUGUCUAUAAUGCUGAUGUCCUGCUCUCACAUCUUAAUUACCUCAGGGAAAGUAGCUCAUCACUAUCAUAUAAUACACCAUCUCACACUGACCAGUCCCCUCGUCUGGCUGCCAAAGAAGACGCCUCAUAUGAUGCUGUACGGAGGACAGGCUGGUCAAACAACAUGCACAGUGGUAAAGGCUCCCCUACUGUGGUCUCACAGAAUGUAUCUAAGAGCACUGAACAAACCCGGCCACAGCCAGAUCCGUAUCAGAUCUUAGGACCGACAAGCAGUCGACUUGCCAAUCCAGGCUCAGGCCAGAUCCAGCUGUGGCAGUUCCUCUUGGAGCUUCUAUCCGACAGCGCCAACGCUGGCUGUAUCACGUGGGAAGGCACCAACGGCGAGUUCAAGAUGACUGACCCGGACGAGGUCGCACGGCGCUGGGGAGAGCGCAAGAGCAAGCCAAACAUGAACUACGACAAGCUGAGCCGUGCACUGCGCUACUACUACGACAAAAACAUCAUGACCAAGGUGCACGGCAAGCGAUACGCCUACAAGUUUGACUUCCAUGGCAUCGCCCAAGCCCUGCAGCCCCACCCCACUGAGUCUUCCAUGUACAAGUACCCGUCUGAAUUGGCCUACGUGCCUCCUUACCACGCUCACCAGCAGAAGGUCAACUUCGUCUCGCCGCACCCACCUUCCAUGCCCGUCACUUCAUCCAAUUUUUUUGGCCCAUCUAACCCUUACUGGAGCUCCCCUACGGCAGGUAUCUACCCCAGUGCCAGUGUGCCAAGACAUCCCAACUCUCAUAUGCCCUCUCACCUGGGCAGUUACUACUAAAUCCUAUCAGCCACAUGCCAACCCCAAGCUGCACUCAGAAGGAAGGCAAAUUGAAAAAUGACUAAAUUUGUAAAAUGAAGGAGAAUCAGGGCUAAAUUCACUAAAGCAAGGAACUGGUUGAAGAAGGGAAAGAAAAAGAAAGAACGAACCAAAAACUGGAUGUUGCAUUGAUCCACUUCUAAAAUGGAGUACUACUUAUUCACAGGACAAGUAACUGUUUGAUUUUUUGUCUGUUUGUCUAGAGUGUAUUUUUUGUUUCCACACGUUUUUGCGUCUUUCUAUCCCUGUAAACAGUAUGGGCCAAAGCAUCCCCUCGACACACAUGCACCUACCCAACGGAAUGGAAUCAUACUCUCCUAAAUUCCAGCUCUAAAUGGUCCUGGUGUGCAAAUGUGAAAUGUCUCCAGUCCCACUAUCAGGGUAUAUCCUAUGCCAUGCUAGAGUUUAAUCAAGCAAUAUAGCACAAGAGACCAAGGAUGAAAUGAACGAAUCAAGAAUCACUGUGACACUGUGACAACAUUCUCUCUGCCAAUACUGAUAAUCUUAACAUUCCAGUGCUUUCAGCAAAAUGGGGUCUUCUCAUCUAUCUGUUUUGUUCACGGACUCCUCUAAAAGUCUACUAAUUAUAUCUAAUCAAAUCACGUCACAGGAGGGAUAUCUGGCAGCAGAGAAAAAAAAUAUAUAUUUAUAUAUGGCAACUGGAAGGUUCAGGUUCAGCCAUGUCUCUCUCACUCUUCCUCCUAACUGGAAUUCUGACACAUUGGCCAUAGCUGAGGAAAACAAGUGUAGGUUUGCACAGAGUUUUGUCCGUGUCAGUCACCACAAUCCCAAAAGUAACAUUCCCAGCAGGUCUCUCUUGCCAGGAAUAUUCCAUUGGCUUGCCAAAGUGUCAAUCAGCACAAUCACAAAAGUAACAUUCCUAUAAAGUAGGGAAGUCAAUAAAAGGCUGACAUAGAUUUCAGUGUAAUGUAGCACUCCACGGGCGAAAAGAUGAACACCUGCCAAACAGUUCGUGGUUGGUCUUGUGAAAACCAAUCAAACAUUGUCAAAGACUACCAUGCAGUAUUUAAAGCCAAACCACGCAGUCAGUGCUGAUGUGAAAACUGCCUGUGAAGCAGACGAUCUAUUUUUAAUCCACUUAGUGUUAAUUUCGAGAGCAGCCCAAAGUGGUUUUUACCUUCACCGCUGUACCUCACUGUGUUUAUAAGGUUACAUUUGUAUUUGUGUCUUAUUUGCCAGUAAAAAAAAAAUUCAAUCAGCUAUAGCUCA